AUGCUUCCUCUUUGGUUGGUAUCUAGCAUACACAAUACCAGCUUCCGCAGCGGCAACGCAAUCGAAGUCAAUUCUCCAACCCGCAGGCUUGGCUCCUCUGAUGACUUCUUCGGGAAAACGCAGGCCUUGAAAAGGCUUAGUCCAGAGUUAAUGCCAGUGCGUAUGUUUCAACAACGGGACGGGCUGCUCAAACACGAGGCUACGAGAAAGACCAACGCCCCUCUGCUCACUAUGCGGCCCGUGUAUGCCCGUUUGAGGAAAUUGGCCCUGCAGCUAAUCCCGAGGGCGUGGCCGCCAACUCCGAACGGGGAUGGGCACACCGGCAUGCAAGCAACACGCCCGAACCCGGCUCGGCUUCGCUCGAUUCGGACACCUCGCGACGCCUCAUGA